AUGAUCUUAAAGAAAGAACAAAAAUCUGAAAUCUUAAAAAAAUCGGAUAAGAUGAUGGAUACUCAUCGAGAAUUUUUGGAUAUGGAUACCGAUGAAGAAGAUUUUGGUCACCAAGAAUCACCUGAUGCAGGCGAAGAAUUUGUCGUUCCCUCAGAACCGGAAAAGCCUAUUUUCUCCGAGAAAGAUUUAAUUGCUUUAGUGAAAUAUGUGAAAGAUUUAACGAUAUAUUCUUGCAAUGGCGUAAGUUGGAACGAGCAUUCCGAUGAAACAAUUCAAGAAUAUUUUAAGAAUCCAUCAUAUACAGUGCUAACUACAUUUUACGAUAAAGAUGAAUUAAAUGCUAUGUUGGAUAUCCCGAUACAUGCAUCUAAGGGAUUUACAUAUUUCUUAAGAUCAUCAUGGCAAAUUUAUACCCCAGAAAAUUUUUUAAAGACCGUUUCAUUUGGCAGUAUUAACAAUAAUAUUAAGAGUAAUAUCCUAAAAUUUAUGGAAAAUAUGUAUGCACCGAUGGUGCUGCACAGUGAAGAUUACGCUUCAUUUUUAAGAAACGACGUAUUUUUAAAUUUACACGAGUUUAUCGUACAUCUAAUGGAGGAAAUUUAUAAACCAAUGGGUAGAACUAUUUUAUACGUACCAAAAGAACGUCUUCUCCAGACAUUUUUAAAAUCGGAUACAGACAAUUAUUUUUUGUUGGGUACAAAUAAAACAACGACCAUUUCCGAAGAAGAUGAAAGAAAACGAAAGUUAAUCGACAGGCUAGAAAAAGUAGUUUGCUUUUGGAUCAGACAGAUACGUAGAGCAACGAUGACGUCAAUAAGAAGACAAAUUAAUAAUAUACAAGAUGAAGUCGACUAUUGGAAUGCAAAGCAUUCAAAUUUGAAUCAUUUGUGUGCUCAACUUCUUAAUACGGAAGUUCGAUUAAUCAUCGACAUUUUGAAAAAUUUGCAUUCUCCAAGCGCAAGUGAAUUAGAGAAAUUAACUAUCCAUAUUAAUGAUAGAUUAGAGGAAGCGUCGUCAAAUUUAAAGUACUUAAAUAUUCUACUUCGUUUUUGUAAAAAUUUAAACAUUCCAGAAGAUGUCGAAAAUUCUGUGACAGAAGCAUUACUUCUUAUAUUAUUCAUUUGGGCGGAAUCGUCAUUUUAUUCUACGAAGUGUAAUAUAAAAAUAUUAUGUCAAGCAUUAAGCUCACAAAUAAUGGAACAAUGUAAAAAAUAUAUCAAACUGGACGUUGCUCUUGGGAGUAAUCCUGAAAUGGGAAUACAGAUGUUAGAGAAAUGUAUAUUUUGUUGUGAUGUUUAUAAAACAAUAUAUGAUAACGUCAUGAUAAAUGUUACAUGUUAUAUCAAUGUUAACAGAAAAUGGGACAUAAACCAGCAAGAAGUUUUUAACAAAAUUAAUAUUUUUAAACAAAGAUGCUACGAUGUGAUUGAAAUUUGUAAAGCUUUAAUAGUAUUUGGAAGAGACGUUAAAAUAGGAUUAAUUGGAGGCCCAAAAGGAACCGAGUAUGAAGCAUAUUUACGAGAAAUUGAAUCUUUAUUUUACGGAAAUUUAAAUGAAAUUAUAAUGGCACGUGACAUCGUGUUCGAUGUUACAAGAUCCAUUUGGUUUAUAAAAAUUAAACAAUUUAGAUAUAUAGAUUUGCAAUUAGAAAAUAUGGUAGUAAAUUUAAUUAAUGAUAUAUUUAAAAAUGUAAAGAAUAUAGAAGAAGGUAUCGAGGCAAUUUACGUUUUACAAAAAUUUAAAAAAAGAGAAAAUUUACGAGAAUUAUUGCAAAAAAAAUGGAUACAGGUAUGGAAAAUAUUUAGUAGUGAAAUCGAACACUGUUACAUCAAUGCGAUUAAUCGAUCCAGGGAAGAGACUGAUAUUGGUGUAACUUCGUUAUGCAUUUUAAAAUACUUAAGAAAUCAGCAUUCUAUAAUUACAAAUGCAUUAGAUUGGAUAGGAGAUUGCGAUUUUGGAAACUGUGUUUUGCAACGAUAUGAACAUGUAGUAGAUGUAAUUGACAAGAGAAGAAAGAUGUUUAACAUUUACAGUACAAAUGGAACGCAAUAUAUAUAA